GCGCACUGUUUAGCAAGGGGAAAAGGCAGCAGAGGUUUCAUCGAACGUCACCGGGGAUAGGAAGGGCUGCUUUUAAUACAUUUUAAGAAGAGAAGAAAAUAGGACAAAUAUGCGUCACUGUUCGGGACUGAUCUGAAUUUUGAAUCAUUUUCGGGGGAAGUUAUUUGGAGAGAAGAACGAAGGCGCAGUUGUUUAAGGAAACCCAGGGAAUUAAAAAUCAGAUUUGAGAGUUGCAUUUGUGUGCUAAUUCCCCUGUCCCAAACGAGAAGGCUUCCGCGCACAACAGAUUUGGAUUAACGUUCAUUGAUGUAAUAAGCGGUGAUGUCUUGAGGCAGUCUCCCAUCCGGCCUAGUGAAGGACGUGCGAGGUCAAGUGACUGCUAAUGGGAACCCCUGUGACACCAUGAGUGCUCGUGAUGGCGGCCACGGCGGCGGGAUCGGUGGUGUGGGCACGCUGGGCAGGCGAGGACGCUACGAGGACUCGGAGUUCACCCUGCGCAUCUAUCCGGGCUCCCUGGCCGAGGGCACCAUUUACUGCCCCGUUAGCGCCCGCAAAAGCACCACGGCUGCCGAGGCCAUCGAGCGCUGCCUGGAGCGCCUGCGUCUGGACCGUGACCGCUGCUACGUGCUAGCCGAGGUCAAGGAAUUUGGCGGGGAAGAAUGGAUCCUGAACCCCAGCGACUGCCCCGUCCAACGGAUGAUGCUGUGGCCCCGCGGGGCUCUAGAGCAGCGCUCGGGCUCGGGCGGCGGGGAGGACUACCGCUUCCUGCUGCGGCAGAAGAAUCUGGAUGGCUCCAUCCACUACGGCGGCAGCCUGCAGAUGUGGCUGCGUGUGACCGAGGAGCGCCGGCGCAUGACGGAGCGUGGCCUGUUGCCACAGGAGGAGGUCAGGGGUGACCACGCCGACUUGUGCUGCCUGCCGGAGCUCACCGAGCGCUCGCUGCUGGACAACCUACGCUCGCGCUUCCGCCAGGAGAGGAUUUACACCUACGUAGGCAGCAUCCUCAUCGUCAUUAACCCCUUCCAGUUCCUCCCCAUCUAUAACCCUAAGUACGUCAAGAUGUACGACAACCACGCUCUGGGAGACCUGGAGCCGCACAUCUACGCCGUGGCGGACGUGGCCUACCACGCUAUGCUGCAGCGGCGGAGGAACCAGUGCAUCGUCAUCUCUGGAGAGAGCGGCUCGGGAAAGACCCAGAGCACCAACUUCCUGAUUCACCACCUGACCGCCCUCAGCCAGAAGGGAUUCGCCAGCGGGGUUGAGCAGAUCAUUCUGGGGGCGGGGCCAGUGUUGGAGGCAUUUGGGAAUGCAAAAACUGCCCACAACAACAACUCGAGUCGCUUUGGCAAGUUCAUCCAAGUGAAUUACCAGGAGAGUGGCACUGUCCGAGGAGCCUAUGUGGAGAAGUACCUUCUGGAGAAAUCAAGACUGGUCUACCAGGAACACAAUGAACGGAACUACCAUGUGUUUUACUACCUGCUGGCAGGAGCAAGUGAGGAGGAGAGGAGCACAUUUCACCUCAAAAAGCCUGAAGAAUAUCAUUACCUCAACCAGAUGACAAAGAAAGUCCUGAGACUGCACUGGGAGAAUUACUAUGAGAGCGAAGCGGACUGCUUCACAGUGGAAGGGGAGGACCUGAAGCAUGACUUUGAGAGACUGCAGCUGGCCAUGGAGAUGGUGGGAUUCCUGCCUGCCACGCGCAAACAGAUAUUUUCUCUGUUGUCGGCCAUUCUUCACCUGGGGAACAUCCGCUACAAGAAGAAGACCUACCGAGAUGACUCCAUUGACAUCUGCAAUCCAGAAGUCCUACCUACUGUCUCAGAACUGUUAGAGGUCAAGGAGGAGAUGCUGUUUGAAGCCCUGACGACGAGGAAGACCAUGACAGUGGGAGAGAGGUUAAUCGUGCCCUACAAACUGGCUGAGGCGGGCACGGUGCGAGACUCCAUGGCCAAGUCCCUGUACAGCGCACUGUUUGACUGGAUCGUGUUCCGGAUCAACCACGCACUGCUCAACAACCGGGACUUGGAGGAGAGCGCCAAGAUCUUUUCCAUCGGAGUGCUGGACAUCUUUGGCUUUGAGGACUAUGAAAACAACAGCUUUGAGCAGUUCUGCAUCAACUUUGCCAACGAGAGGCUCCAACACUACUUCAAUCAGCACAUCUUUAAGCUUGAGCAGGAGGAGUACAGGGCGGAGGGCAUCAGCUGGCACAACAUUGACUACAUCGACAACACAGGCUGCAUCAACCUCAUCAGUAAGAAGCCCACUGCGCUGCUCCACCUGCUGGAUGAGGAGUCCAACUUCCCCCAGGCCUCUAACCAGACUCUGCUGGACAAGUUCAAGCGGCAGCAUGAGGGCAACGGCUACAUUGAGUUCCCCGCCGUCAUGGAGCCCGCCUUCAUCAUCCGCCACUACGCCGGCAAGGUCAAAUACGGGGUCAAGGACUUCCGGGAGAAGAAUACGGACCAUAUGCGUCCGGACAUCGUGGCCCUACUGAAGAGCAGCAAAAACGCCUUCAUCUGUGGCCUGAUGGGCAUCGACCCCCCAGCCACCUUCCGAUGGGCUGUCCUCAGAGCCUUCUUCAGAGCCAUGGUGGCCUUCAGGGAGUCUGGGAAGAGACAUGUACACAGGAAGACUGGGCAUGAUGCCGCUGCUCCCUGUGCAGUUUUGUGCAGUGUGGAUAGUUUUAGCUUUCUGCAUCACCCUGUGCAUCAGAGAAGUUUAGAGAUCCUGCAGAGGUGCAAAGAGGAGAAGUACAGUGUGGUCAGGAAGAGUCUACGAACACCUCUGUCGGACCUGCAGGGCAGCAACACGCUCAACGAGAAAUCUCCACGGGAUGGUGUGGGCUGGAAUGGGCGUGGUGGGCGUCAGAGCCGCCUGUCAUCCAGCGGGUCCAACACGGAAGAGGAUGGAGGAAUUUUUGUCAACUCUACCAGCAGCAAGCUCCUGGAGAGAGCCCACGGCAUCCUCAUGAGAAACAAAAACUACAAAUCAAAGCCCAGUCUUCCAAAGCACUUGCUUGACGUCAAGUCCCUAAAGUAUCUCAGCAACCUGACGCUGCACGACCGCAUCACCAAGUCCCUCCUCCACCUCCACAAGAAGAAGAAACCACCCAGCAUCAGCGCUCAGUUCCAGGCCUCUCUCAAUAAGCUGAUGGAGACUCUGGGCCAAUCAGAGCCCUACUUUGUCAAAUGCAUCCGUUCUAAUGCAGAGAAGCUGCCCCUGCGCUUCAACGAGGGCCUGGUGCUCAGGCAGCUCCGCUACACGGGUAUGCUGGAGACCGUGCGCAUCCGCCAGUCAGGCUACAGCAUCAAGUACACCUUCCAGGAUUUCAUCCGCCACUUCCGCGUGCUGCUACCCGAGGGCACCAGUGCCACCCAGGAAGGCAUCGGACAGUAUCUGGGCCAGGUGGACCUUGCUCCCGAUGGAUACCAAGUUGGCAAAACCAUGGUACUAUUCACCCUACUGCCUGUGGAGCGUAUUCACUGCAGGCUGCCUGUCACUAGGGAGAUCCUGAACCAUGGUCUAUUCACUCUGCAGCGCUGUCACAGGGCCCUGCUGGAGAGGAAACACUUCACCAGGAUGAGACUGGCUGCCACAACUAUCCAGAAAUGGUGGCGUGCCUACCAGUCCAAGCAGGAGGAUGACUACGACCCAAGCAUCCAGGAGGGGGCAGCCUUGUGCAUCCAGACAGCUUGGCGGGGGUACAAGGAGCGCUGGAGGUACGGGCUGUGGCGGGAGGCGGCCCUGCUGCUGCAGAGGGAGUGGAGGGCGUUGCUGAAGCGGCGAGAACGGGAGGGGGCGGCACUCGCCAUCCAGACAGCCUGGCGCUGCCACAUGGCCAGAGAGGCCUUCCUGCGACUGCGUGGCACCAUGACGCUGCUACAGGCAGUGGGCAAAGGCUACCUGGCCAGACAGAGCUUCGGGCAUUUGAAGGAGCAGAGACUGAGGGAGAAAGAGCAGAGGCUGAGGGAGAGAGAGAGUCAACAACAGCAGCAGCUGCUGCAGAAUGGACAGACGCGUCUCUCGCCAGAAGAAGACGAACUGCCAGUGAGGAUCAUGGGCCUGGACCUGAGCACAUGGGAGGACCGCUCAUACAAGGAGCGGGAAAGGAGCCUCCAGAGACUGAACAGCCAGGAGGAGAGGGUAAAAGAGGGACGAGGUGUAGAAAUAGGAGGUGAGGGAGGAGUGACGAGGGCCGCAGAGAGCUCAGGUAGGGCCCAGUCGGAACCACCGCCAGUUUCAUCGACAGCCGCUGUGGUGGUGAGAGAGAGGACCAGGACCCUGGACGAGCCCUGCCAGAGGACCACCAGGGCCAAGAGGGAGAGCCGGAGGAUGAGGGAGCUGGAGCAGGCCAAGUUCAGCCUGGAGCUGCUCAAGGUGCGGGCCACAGGCAGUGGUGGGGCCUCUUCCCCCUCUGAAGAGAGGCGCUGGUCGGCCGAGCUGGCCCCCACCACCACCCCUCCUCGCCGCUCCCCCCAGGGACCCGGAACCCCCGACAGCCAGAGCUCCAAGGGCAGCUUCGAGCUACUCAGCAUGGAUGACGAGAUACUCAGGGAGAGUGCACCUUUGGCAGAUGAGGAGGAGCUUGGUUCCCUCUCUUCUGAAGUGCAGCUGGAGCAGGCCCCGGAGGUCAGCCUCGUGUCGAAGGAGCCUCCCAGCGUUUCUGUGUCCGAUGACGCCUCCCCACCUCCAAACAGUCAGAGUCAGGCCAAGCUAGAACCGGCUGCCGCCUCUCCACCUCCGCCCAAGAUAGAGAACUACCUCCCUACCUUUUACGUCCCGUCAACUGAUGGCAGCUUGGUCAUCACCCAUCGUCUUGGCGAUGACUCUUCGAGACUCCUCGAGGCCGAUACCACUAGUACCACCAUCGUCAACAAGCAGCUCAAGUCAAUCAAACAAAGGCGGGAAUUGUCACGGCGACCUGUGGUUGUGGUCAUCAGCAUGCAGAAGGAAACCCCCCUGGAUCAGGAGGAGCUCGGUGGUGCCGUCGUUCGUCUUCCCCUUAUAGAGGUUCGUGACGGGUCGGCACAAACCGGCGAAUCCCCUUCAUCGCCACGGCUACCAGUCCCUGCACCCGUUCCACCACUAGAUCCCGCCCCAGUCAUCCCCAUCUCUGGCCCCACCCCUGUCCCGGCUGCCAACCAGUUGGUCCUGGAGAAGCUGGAACGACUGAACGAGGAAAAGGAGGAGAGGCAGCGGCACCUGCAGCAGCAGAACGAGCGGGAGAUGAUGGACCAGAUCCGGAAGCAGAAGGAGGUUCUGGAGAGACAGCGGCACCACUUCGCCCAGCACGAGAGGGAACUGUUGGAGAAGCAGAGGGGUGAGGCCCUGGUCAGGAUCCAGCAGAGCCGGCAGGGAGGGCCCCCCCAAGACAGGAGUGCAACCGCAGCUACAUCUACCAGGCCCCUUAGACCCAGCUCCCUUCUCAUCGAGAGAGCCCCGGCUCUUGCUCCACCCUCCAGGACCCAGUCUGUGUCCGCUGCCCACGCAUACCUCUCUCCUCCUGGGCCGAUGGACACCCAGAGUGUCCCCAUGCCCCAUCCUGAGCCCAACAAGGCCCAGCCCAACAAGGCCCAGCCCAACCAGGCCCGGCUCCCUCCACCUCCCUCAGCCCCCAAAACAAAGACCAGGGAUGGGAGACCCAUUGCGGAUGGCUGGGCGCCAAAUUUGACCCUGGAGUCCAGAGAGGGCGGGGGAGGAGGAGUCAGAGGGAGGGUUCCCAAGAAGGCCCCAGCUAAUCAGGGCACCAGCAUCAGCAUGACUGACAUGUCGGAAAACAUCUUCUUUGCGCCCAAAGACAGAGUGGCAUUCUCUAAGUUUGACAAGGAGAAGCCUGUCAAUCAAGAGAAGCCUGUAGCAGUCCCAAAAGAGGGCCCCUCAAGCACCAAGCCCACCAUAGGACUGAAAACACAGGAGGUCAGCAGGGCGGGCCACAGAAAGAAAGCCCGCAUGGCUCGGACACGCUCUGACUUUCUGACCCGCACGCCGACCUCCUCGCUGGGGGGCGAGUCGGAGGAGGACGAGUACGACGGAAAGCCCCCCCUCUCCUCCCCUCCCCCCUACUCCCCAACCAUCCCUAAACAGGAUUCCUUUGAGUGUUUCAGUGACUCAGAGAUGCCUUCCACCAGCUCUGAGGAACAGAAGAAGAUGCAUAAGGCCAUGUCAUCGGGAGAUCUGGCCAAAGUUGACACGAUACGCAAGAACGCCCAGUCAGAUGGAAGGGUUCGUGGUAAGAUGCGUUUCUGGGGUAAGACGAAGCAGGGUGAGAAGAAGUCGUCCAGAGAGAAGCUGUUCUGUGGAGGUGACUCCAUGGAUGCAGAUGACGGAGACACGGGGCCACUGCUAGGAGAAGCAGGACAGGAUUACAUGUCACCGCCUCGUAGUCCAGACCUGACCCUGGAGCGGGGGGCCAAGGAGUUCAAGGAGAACAAGGAGCCCUCGCCAAAAGUGAAGAGGCGACGUAGCGUCAAGAUUAGCAGUGUUGCCCUAGAGCCUGCCCAGUGGGGGAACGAUGCACUGCAGAUCCUCACCUGCACCAACGACUACAGGAGCAUGAACGACUUCCUCAUGAAGAAGAUCAGUGACCUGGUGGCUGAGGACGGCGGUAAGAAAGACACAAUGGUGGACGUGGUGUUUAAAAAGGCCUUGAAGGAGUUCCGCCUCAAUAUCUUCAACUCCUACUCUACUGCUCUAGCGAUGGAUGAUGGGAAGAGUAUCCGCUAUAAGGACCUGUACGCCCUGUUCGAGCAGAUCCUGGAGAAGACCAUGCGCCUGGAGCAGAGGGACUGGAGCAAGUCGCCCGUCAAGGUCUGGGUCAACACCUUCAAGAUCUUUCUGGAUGAGUUCAUGACCGAGUACAAGCCCAUGGACAGCACCAUCAGCAAGCAGGUCCCCAAAACCGAGCGAAAGAAGAGGAGGAAAAAGGAUGCUGAUAUUGUGGAGGAACACAAUGGCCACAUCUUCAAGGCCACCCAGUACAGUAUCCCCACCUACUGCGAGUACUGCUCCUCUCUCAUCUGGAUGAUGGACAGGGCCUGCGUCUGCAAAUUGUGUCGCUACGCCUGCCACAGAAAGUGCUGCCUGAAGUUGACCACCAAAUGCAGCAAAAAGUACGACCCAGAGCUGUCGUCCAGGCAGUUUGGGGUGGAGGUGUCCCGUCUGACCAACGAGGAGAGGACAGUGCCCCUGGUGGUGGAGAAGCUCAUCAACUACAUUGAGAUGCACGGCCUCUACACAGAGGGCAUCUAUAGGAAGUCUGGCUCCACCAAUAAGAUCAAAGAGCUCAAGCAGGGACUGGACACAGACGUGAACAACAUGAACUUGGAUGACUACAACAUCCACGUUAUCGCUAGUGUCUUCAAGCAGUGGCUCCGGGACUUACCCAAUCCGCUUAUGACCUUUGAACUAUACGAGGAGUUCCUCCGCGCCAUGUGCCUGCAGGACAAAAAGGAGGUGAUUCGAGGGGUCUACUCUAUUAUCGACCAGCUCAGUAGAACUCACCUCAACACUCUGGAACGGCUCUUCUUCCACCUAGUUAGGAUCGCAGGGCAGGAGGACACCAACCGUAUGUCGGCCAACGCCAUAGCCAUUGUCUUCGCCCCCUGCAUCCUCCGCUGCCCCGACACCAUCGACCCCCUGCAGAGUGUCCAGGACAUCGGCAAGACCACAGCGUGUGUGGAGCUCAUCAUCGGAGAGCAGAUGAAUAAGUACUGCGCCCGGCUAAAGGACAUCAACAGUCUGGAGUUUGCAGAGAACAAAGCCAAGUGCAGAUUGACCCUCAUUCGGAGAUCAAUGAAACCUGUACUAAUUGCUGUUAGAUUUAUGACCAUAUCCCGCAGUACUGUCCCGCCAAACGCAGCCAAAAAGGGCAAGGGCCACGUACGGCGGUUCAGCUACCACACGCCCUCGCCCCCGGUUAGCCCAUGCCUGCCGUCCGUGACGGGUGCAGUGAUGCAGGAGAGCGGCAGUGAGGAGGUGGGGGCGGGGCAGGAGCCUGAGGUAUCGGAGCACCAGCAGUUGGCCAUGCAGCAGGAGGAGAGGGUGCUGACGGAGCAGAUCGAGAGCCUGCAGAAAGAGAAGGAGGAGCUAACCUUUGAGAUGCUGACUUUGGAGCAGCGAGCAUCAGACGAUGAGACCCUGGAGUCGGAGGCGUCCAUCGGCACGGCCGACAGCUCUGAGAACCUCAACGUGGACUCUGAAGGAGCCACCUCUGACUUCUCCGAGAGAGAACCCACGCUGGCCCCCGUCGCCCGAACCAAGAGGUCAGAGGGGAAGAGCCACCGACACCGCAACCUACGCAGGCAACCAGACUCCCAGGACUCAGUGGACUCCUGUUCUACCAUCUCCUCCCUCUCUUCCUCCUCCCACUUCCACCCGUCCUCUUCCUCCUCUGUGGCCACAGCUCGCCACUUUCGCUACCGCUCAAAGUCGCCCUCUUCUGGCUCUGCCCAGGGCUUGUACCUGCCCCAGCCUCCCCACCGCGACAGCUUGGACUGUCCCCCCCCGGCCAAACAGGAGGGGGCGUUCGAAGAGAGGUCACAGUUCACCAGCCGAGGCACCUUCAACCCGGAAAAGGGCAAACAGAAACUGAAAGGAUCCAAGAACUCACCCUUGAGGCACUCCCAUGACAGUGGGGGCCGCAGCAGGGAUCCGCCUGACUUACCCCAGCAGCGGGUUUUGUAUGGCAGCAAUGAGUUCAUGGUAUGAAGGACAGUGGGAACACCUCCUUCGUCACAGCCCACUCUCCCUAAGAGCAUGCGAUUUGACCCCCUUCCUCAAACACUCCAGCUCACCCUUUCUCAGUCCACAUCCGCAACGAUGCAGAACUGUCCCCCCAAGUGCCAUGUACACACUGUGUGUCCACCUCAAAGAGACAGGAGAGGGACAGGCUGGGAGUGGGAGAGGAGGAACCAGUAGAAGGUUGAUCUCCUGUGGCCUUAACUGCCAACCGCACUCCCCAUGGUCCCUCUGCAGGUCUGGGCCUCCCUCAGCCCAGGGGAGAGGAGACGUGUGGAGCAGGAAGGCAGAGAAAAGGGAAUGCUGGGACACUGGGAGAGGACUACUCAGCAUCCGGGAUAUCUCCCGAGCUGACGUCCCAAUGCAAACUAGGAGGUGGAACGAGGCUAGAAGAUGGGAAGAAAAAAAUAACUAAAAACCUACCGAGCCAUUGACUGUGCCGCCGUGUCCAUGAACUUGAGAUCUCAAUCAUUGGCUGCUUUAAAGUUUACAGUUAAAAACAAUCAAUGUAAGCAGUGGUUCCUCUAUUAUUACAAAUGUAUUUUUCCCUUAAGCCUAUUUAAUAAAUUUUUAAUUUCAUGGAAAGUAUAAAUCUAUAUAACUAUAUUAUAAAGGUAUAAAUACUGUACAAAGCCGGAACACCAGUAACUGCUGGGUAGUUGAAGUCAAAUAUUUAUCUUUUUCUUGAGUAUCUUGGGCAGAGAUGUAUGGUAUUGGACAAAGGCUGUGUACGUGUGCGUGUUUGAGUGUUAAUGUGUGUGUGUGUGUGUGUGUGUGUGAGAAGACCACUUCAUGUGUUUUUAUGUUUGUGCUGCUUCGUUCCUCUCCUGAGGGAACUACGGCCAUGAAAGGGACCAAGUUAGCUGGUGUGUAUUCUAGCCAAGGGGAUCCCAGCUCUGUAAAGAAUGUCGGAUGUGUAUAGAAUCACUGCAUUCACAGCUUAACAGCCAUACAACAAUUAGAAUGUACAGUACAAUAUGUAUUGGACAAAUACCAUUCUCCUUGCUCUGGAUACAUGUUACCCCCAAAUCCUUGUCUUCCUGAGAUAUCAGUGUUGGACUCAAUAGCAACCAAACAAGGACAUACA